CCAGAUGCUUGAAGCCAUCUGCAAACACUGGGAAGGACCUAUCAGCUUGGCGCUGUAUCUUUCCGAUGCGGAGGCCCAGCAGUUUCUGCGCUAUGCCCAGGGCUCUGAGGUCCUCAUGAGUCGCCACAAUGUUGGGUACCACAUAGUAUACAAAGAGGGCCAGUUCUACCCAGUAAACCUCCUGCGGAAUGUGGCAAUGAAACAUAUCAGCACGCCCUACAUGUUCCUAUCAGACAUUGACUUCUUGCCUAUGUAUGGACUCUACGAGUACCUCAGGAAAUCUGUUGUCCAGCUGGACUUGGCCAAUACAAAAAAGGCUCUCAUUGUCCCUGCCUUUGAGACCCUCCGCUAUCGUCUCUCUUUUCCUAAGUCAAAAGCAGAGCUGUUGUCUAUGUUGGACAUGGGAACCCUCUUCACAUUCAGGUAUCACGUCUGGACAAAAGGGCAUGCACCAACAAACUUUGCCAAGUGGCGAACAGCCACUACACCCUAUCGAGUUGAGUGGGAAGCUGACUUUGAGCCAUAUGUCGUGGUAAGGCGGGACUGCCCAGAGUAUGACCGAAGGUUUGUUGGAUUCGGAUGGAACAAAGUAGCCCACAUCAUGGAACUGGAUGCACAGGAGUAUGAAUUCACGGUGCUGCCCAACGCCUACAUGAUUCACAUGCCGCAUGCUCCUAGCUUCGACAUUACCAAAUUCCGCUCCAACAAGCAAUACCGUAUCUGUCUCAAGACCCUCAAGGAGGAGUUUUAGCAGGAUAUGUCACGCCGCUACGGUUUUGCAGCACUGAAAUAUCUCACGGCAGAGAACAAUAGCUAGCACCACUGGGACUGUUACAAAAAAUAAAUAAAUCCAAGACUGAAAGAAGGAGCCAUUUAAAGUGUGCGGCACAGUUCUUUGGCCUGGAACUGAGAGACACCUUUGUUUUGUUUUUGUUUGUUUUUAAGCCAGUUCUAACAGUAGGAAUUUGGAACAAGAUGUCUCCAGACUGUGCCCCCAAGCCACCGCCCGUCAUCUACUCCCAGGCCUUUGGUUUUAUUGCCCACAGAGUGUGAGUAAAUGGUGUGUGGGGGGGGAGCAGUGUCCACAUCCAUUGAUAGCUCACAGGGUGGUAGACAUUACCUGGGGAGGGGAGUGAAUAUUUGUCCUUAAAAAUUGCACAGCAAAAAUGGAUCUUCUGAAGUAUGGGCUUUCAUGUCGUUACUUAAUAAUUCUACAUUUUGUUUAAUCUUUAAAAGAAGAUCUUCAGACUGUGAAUUUUUUUUUAAAGCCCCAUACUUUUGUUGACCACCUACAGAGGAGCAUUCUAGAGUAGGAUGAACCAGAUUUUUGCUGUCAAAUGAAGAGAGAGGUACAUUUAACAUACAGACUGUUGUGGCAUAGUAUAUAAAGAAAAUACUCAGUGUUACCGGUGCAGGCAUUUCUGUGGCAUCACUUGCUUGUUUCUCUUUACUGCCACAAUAAGACGCACCUUUCCUCUGGCUCCCCACUGCUCCCAUUUCCUUUGGCCAUGUCCCACCUUUUCAGCCCAGAUGGCAACCUUUGGCACUUCAUGUUCAUCCCCAGCUCUUGUAAUUCACCCAAGAAAUUUUUUGUUUUUACUGUGCACUGGAAGCACCUGUCAGUUUAAGCUCUGCUUUUGCCUGAGAGAUUCAUUCAGGUGUCUCCAGUGCAAUAAAUGGCCAAGUUGGAGUUGUUGUCUUUUUUUAAGUCAAUGUUCAGUAUUUGCCAUACAGAGGUCAUUUUUUUUUCUAUCGGGGGGGGGAAUCACAGUCUAUUGGCCGUUCCACCGCACACCCACCUGUGAAGGCCUCUGUGCCUUUGGCUGUUACGUGGACAUCUGCAGCAACCGUGGGACUGAAACACAACCACUAGGCCUCAGUAGCAACAAGGUGCUACUACAGACUCUUAAGAACUACUUCAAUAAAGGACUUUAUUUAAAAAAGGAACAAAACUAAAAAAGGAAUUAACUCCCCAUUUGAGUUGGGGGGAGAGAGAAUGUUUUGGGGAGUUGUGGUCAUGUUUGCUUGAAUGCGAGCUGGUUCGGUUCACAGGCGGAGCAUAGGCAUGGAGAAGAACAGACAAAAAAAAUACACAGAUCCGGACACUGGACAUUUUAUUAUUUUCUUUAUUUCUUCAGUAUUAAUGUUGUGUUUACAUGGAUGGAGGAGAUGAGGUUUAAUGCACUACCCUGAUUUGGGGCUACUUGUAUUUGGUUGCAAAUGUUAUUGAGAGAGCAGGAUUUGAAUAAACAAGAAACAUGUCUCUCUUCCUUCCCCCUAACCACUAAGAGU